CCUGUUGUCACCACACCUCUGGAUUAGUUUUCUGAGCUCACCGUCAGCAAAGCCUGUGGGGGAAAUUCUUAAGGCUCGGCGACGUAAAUCAUUUUUCUUGUGAAUGUGACACACGUUCUGUCCAGUUUCCAUAUGCUGAGAUUGUACUUAUUCAUCAGUUUGAUGUGCUUGGUGCAAUCAGACACAGAUGAAACAUGUCCUUCAUUCACCAAACUGAGUUUUCACAGUGCAGUGGUUGGCACGGGACUAAAUGUGAAGUUGAUGUUGUACACAAGAAAAAACCUGACCUGCGCACAAGUCAUCAAUGCCACAGCUUUUGGAAACUUGAAUGUCACCAAGAAAACCACCUUCAUUGUCCAUGGAUUUAGGCCAACAGGCUCCCCUCCAGUUUGGAUAGGGGACUUAGUAGAGGGUUUGCUCCUUGUUGAAGACAUGAAUGUGGUCGUUGUUGAUUGGAAUCGAGGAGCUACAACUCUAAUAUACAGUCACGCCUCUAGUAAGACCAAAAAAGUAGCCAUAGUCUUGAAGGAAUUUAUCAACCAGAUGUUGGCAGAAGGAGCUUCUCUUGACAACAUUUACAUGAUUGGAGUAAGUCUAGGAGCCCAUAUAUCCGGGUUUGUUGGAGAAAUGUAUGACGGGCAGCUGGGGAGAAUUACAGGUCUCGACCCUGCAGGUCCUUUAUUCAACGGAAAACCUCCCCAGGACAGAUUGGAUCCCAGUGAUGCACAGUUCGUUGAUGUCAUUCAUUCCGACAUAGAUGCACUGGGCUACAGAGAACCACUAGGACACAUAGACUUCUACCCAAAUGGAGGUUUGGAUCAACCUGGUUGCCCCCAGACAAUAUUUGGAGGAAUGCAGUAUUUUAAAUGUGACCACCAGAGGUCCAUGUACCUGUACCUCUCCUCCUUGACAGAGAACUGCACCAUCACUGCAUAUCCUUGUGACUCCUACCGGGAUUAUAGGAAUGGCAAGUGUGUCAGUUGCAUCACACCACAAAAGGAGUCCUGUCCCCUCCUGGGCUAUUAUGCGGAUCACUGGAAGGACUAUUUAAAGAAGAAAGAUCCCCCGGUGACUAAGGCAUUCUUUGACACAGCCGAGGAGAAGCCCUUCUGCAUGUAUCAUUACUUCGUGGAUAUUCUAACUUGGAACAAGAACACAAGAAGAGGGGCUAUUACCAUCAAAUUGAGAGACAAAGCUGGAAACACCACAGAAUCCAAAAUCAAUCAUGAACCUGCCACGUUUCAGAAAUACCACCAAGUGAGUCUACUUGCAAGAUUUAACCAAGAUCUGGAUAAAGUGGCAGCAAUAUCCUUGGUGUUCUCUACAGGAUCUGUAAUAGGCCCUAAGUACAAACUCAGGAUUCUGCGAAUGAAGUUAAGGUCCCUUGCCUAUCCAGAAAGGCCCCAAUUGUGUCGGUAUGAUCUUGUCCUGAUGGAAAAUGUUGAAACAGUCUUUCAACCUCUUCUUUGCUCAAAGCUGCAGAUGUAACUGUUGCCAAGACAGGUGGGCACCAGUAAUAUCAAGAAAGUGACAACUACAGGCUCUUUUAAAGCUUCACCUCAACUUAUCCUCAAGGCACAAAAAGAACUGAAAACCAAGUGUUUUUUCACUAGUGUCCUACGGAUGUCACAUUGCACAAUGUCAGACAGCCUAGUGAUUAUAAAAUGAGCCUAGGAAGGGAACCCCUAACUAGGGCAAGUCAGAAAUAGCCAGGCUUGCGGCAGCCGGCGCUGUCUCCGCUGUGUCCUGGGGCCUCAUUUGUUCUGACCUGUCAAUUUUGCUGCCUCUUUAGCCAUCACACAGGCCUUUCUGCCCAUCACAGCUGCAGGUCAAGCAUCUUGGAGGGGCAGGCUGGAGGCCUCUCUUUGGACUUGACUUCACAUCUCUGUGCUAAAUGCCUCCCAUUCCCUAUGUGUAUGGGGGAGUGAAACUGACCUACCUACCUCAGGGGGCUGUCCUGCAGGUCUGGGAAGGGAGUCUGUGAAGGGUUUUUUGAAAUCCCAUGGGUGCCACAUCUGUGAGAUGUUUGGUAAAUGUGAAUAUGCUUUUAUUUAUUUUGAUAGGGCUACUCUAAUAUGCAAUAAAAGGGCCUCUCUUAUUAA